AUUUGCGGAAUGUAUUUCAUAUGCCAUCUUGCGGACAAUUUACAUUUAGAAAUUUCUCAUUUUGCGUAUGAAGUCUGUAACCCGUAAAUUAUUUCUUGUUAAAUAUGAAAAAAACUGUUCCAAAAUAAAGUUUCUUGAUUUAUUUAACUUCUAUAAAUUGCAUAAAAAUACAUAAGUAAAUAUAAUGCAAAUUGAUUUUCAUUAAGUAACAUAACAAUUACAAUGGGUUCUCUUCAACAGUCAAACAGAUUUCGUUCAUUUAUGCAAGUUACACCAGGUAAUUUUCCACCAAGUUUAAGUGGUAGUGAAACAGAUGUAUCAACAUCAAAUGAAAAUCUUUCAAACGAAGAAAAAUAUGUUAUAAGGCAUACUCCUAGACAGGAACCACAAGGGCAAGAAAAUUUACAGGCUUCAAACCGAAGCUCUUUAAGAGAUAGUUUACCAUCUAAUCGUAGCUCUUUGGAUGUGUCUUCUUCUUCUUAUAAUACCUUAAUUAUACACAGUGCUGGUGAUGAGCCAUGGACUGGAAGGAAUUCUGGGCCAAGAGAAGCAACAAACAUGUCCCCCUUAAACUAUUCACACCAUUCAAACGGUGCCGUCUACAACGAACCAAAGCAGUCGCCCAGCCAAAAAAGAAGUUCAGCAUCACCGUCCCCAUCUAUCGGCAGCACCGGUGUGCAGGAGAUCACUGAAAUCCCCGACGAUUAUCUUAGUCAGUCUUCCGUAUUGAAACAUUUAGCCAAAGAUAUAAAAGUUCCUUCGACUUCAAAGGAGACAAUAGAAAACCUAAAGUUCGACCCGACCAAAUUCGAUAUUAACAAUUUGCCUCCUCCUCCAGAAUACCCGAAAUGGUCGGAUAAAUCACCCUUGGUGGCAGCUGUAAACAAAAAUCACAAGAUGAAGGUCGAGAAGUUCGCUUUGUCGAAAUCGCAACCUGAUCUGUCUAGGUUGGGAGUCCGAAAGAAUUCAGAUUUUGCCGGAUUUAGGAGGGGUGUUUCCGCACCAAGACCUCCCACAAAAGGUCGGGAGGAAUGUGAAUCUAAUGGGGAGGAGUUUUGGUCUCCUGCAGACAUGGUGCAAAUAUUAAUUCAAGAAAAUAGUGCCUUAAAAAACGAACUUGAGAAAUGCUACCAAAAUGUCGAAAAAACACAAAAGUUGGAACAUGAGAUUCAAAAAGUGCAUAGAGCCCAAGAAGAGUUGGUGCAAUCUUGCGAAAGGAGGGAAAAAUUGGAGAGGGCGGCAAGAAGUCGUUUACAAACGGACAAUAGAAGAUACGCCGAACUAAAUAGGGCAUUGCGCGAACAAGUCGAUUUGUUAUCUGCGCAGGUUCUAUCCAGGUCCCCGGUACCUGAUGGUAACGGACCCGAUAGUUUAAGAAGAGAAAUUACCAAAAGAGAUAUUUUCAUCAAACAGUUGAUCACACAGAAUAAAGAGUUGACUGCGGCUAAAGAGCGCCAAGAAAUCGAACUGGCAGCUCAAAGGGCCACUCUGCAAGAACAAAGAACGCACAUCGAUAUUCUCGAUACAGCUCUCACCAACGCUCAAAGCAACGUUGUUAGGUUGGAGGAUGAGUGUCGCAAAAAACAAGUUUACGUGGAACGCGUCGCCCAACUGCAAAGAGCUUUGCAAUCUUUGCAGCUUGCCAGCGACAGGCGCGAGCAGACCGAGAAAAAGCUGAGGUUCCAGCUGGAGAGGGAGCUACAAAGAACGAAGGCAGCGCAAGGCGACUUUUCCAAGGGCGGCUGGGACUCGCCGAACGGUUCGGGUAGCGAAUCUGCCUCCGAGUUGAAGAAACGACUUAGGGAGAAGGAGGAACUUAUCAUGAGAUUGGAGGGUGACUGUUCUAAAUGGGAGCAGCGGUAUUUGGAGGAGAGCGCUCUCAGACAGACUGCAAUCGAUGCCGCGAGCCUACCUAAGGAUGCCAAAAUAGCAGCAUUAGAGAAAACCAGCCAAGAGACUGAAAAAAUUAUCGCCGAAGCCAGAAACGAAAAAAUUCGUCAUAUGGAUGAAGUACAUGCCGCCCAAAAGAAGGUUGCUGAUUUGGAAUCAAGAAUGAAAGAUCUUGAAUCAAAGUUAGCAGAAAAAGAUGCAAUGAUCAGAGUAUUACAAAAACACACGUAUGACAAAGAUGUCAGCAUGUUGGGCAGAUCCCCACAUCAUACACCACACGCUAGUCUUGCGGGUGGUGAUUUCGACCGUUGUUUGGGCACUACUGUAUCUAGAGAAGAACUGGUGAGCAGUGUUCUGACAAAUUCAACAGCCUAUGGUUCAGGAAACAGCUAUGCAGGGAGUGACUCUUCAUAUCACAUGCCAACAUACAGCAAAUAUGAGACCAACAAAAAUUUCGAUACAACAAAGCAAACUCUUGAUAACCAACUAAAAGAAAUUGAUAGUCAACUUGAUUCACAGCUUCUUAGCAAGGAUUCGCUAAUCCAGUCUCUGCGCAGAGAAAAGGAAAAAUACCCAAGCCACUAUUGGCAGGUGUGAGCGCCACAAGCGGUGGUCUCUACGAAUCCGGUUCAUUUCUUCUUCCUGCCGCUAGGCACGAAUCUGGCGAGAUGCUUCUGCUAGAGAAGCAGGGUCUCACCUCUCAGCAGCAACGCAUGCAGGACCACGUUGAAUCUAACCACCAGCCCAUCCCGGAUAGUCCUAACAACCAUUGUCCGGCUCCAAGCUCGUUACCGAGACCUCCACGUUCCUCGCACCGCAGCGGUCUGCCCAGACGCAUGUGUGACUACAACCGCCUCCCGGACACCGAAUUGCCGCGCAAAAAGUCGGAAGGCGGAGAUUCCUUUAGCUCGAACAACAGCGGCAGCCGAAGGGCCUCGCCUGCCCGCUCCAUGAUACCGCCGCCCAGAAAGCUGGGCGAGUACGGAAGACUUUCAGAAAGCGGCGGAUCCAGCGCCUCGCUCCGCAAACCGUCAACAAGAGUCAAAAGCGGUGGCGAAAGAGAUUCCGCCUCCACGCUCAGUGAUAAUUCAGCAAGCUCUCUACCUCCACCAUCGAAAGUACGCAUGUACGGCAAUCCAGCUUUGAGGAGGGGCUCCUCCCUCGGCCGUGACAGCAAAUCGUCCACAGAUUCGACGACUAGCAAAUAUCGUAUACAAUUCUAAAUGCCAAAAAUGUCUAAUUUCUAAGCUAAUAAGUGCCUAAAUAUAUUAAAACAUUAUCUUUGCAACGAUUAUUUUAAUUUAAUUAUAGUGUAAAAAAGUUCCUAUCUCUAAUUUUUUUGAAUAAAAGUUUGCAGCUUGGGAAGACUUAAAUUAAAACGAAAAAUAAAUACAAGUGUUUGUAUAAAAGUUAUAUUUAAAACACUUUGCGUUAAAUAGUUUUCGAUUUAUAUCUGGACCAAAUUUUAUGAUAAAUUUAUUGAAAGGAUUAUGUUUUAAUUAAUAAUACUGUGCCUUUGUACCAGUAGUAAUCAUUUACAAAAGUGUACCAUUUAUUCUUAUUUAUUUACACUUUUAUAUGUGACAUAUUAUUCUAGUUGUUUCUAGUCUGUAUACAUUUUUUUUGUAAUAUGUAGAAAUAAUAAAUUAGUAAACCAUAA